CCCGCGCCCCCCCGGAGCUUGCCCCUCCCUGAUUGAAGAGGCCGGGGAGCCCUCGGAAUCCUCCGGGACCGCUGUAGGGAGGGAGGAAGAUGUUUUCCGCUCUUAAAAAGCUGGUGGGGUCGGACCAGGCUCCUGGCCGGGACAAGAACAUCCCUGCGGGGCUGCAGUCCAUGAACCAGGCGCUGCAGAGGAGGUUCGCCAAAGGAGUGCAGUACAACAUGAAAAUAGUAAUCAGAGGAGACAGAAACACAGGAAAAACCACCCUCUGGCACAGACUCCAAGGGAAGAAGUUUGUGGAAGAAUAUAUACCUACACAAGAGAUACAAGUCACCAGUAUCCACUGGAAUUAUAAAACCACUGAUGACAUUGUAAAGGUUGAAGUCUGGGAUGUAGUUGACAAGGGGCAAAAAUUUCUCCUCUGUGAUUCUUUAGGAAAGUGCAAAAAACGAGGAGAUGGUUUGAAACUGGAAAAUGAUCCUCAGGAGGCAGAAUCAGAGAUGGCUCUCGAUGCUGAGUUUCUGGAUGUAUAUAAGAACUGUAAUGGUGUAGUCAUGAUGUUCGAUAUCACAAAGCAAUGGACCUUCAACUACAUACUUCGGGAACUUCCCAAAGUGCCGACCCAUGUGCCCGUGUGUGUGCUGGGGAACUACAGAGACAUGGGGGAACACCGAGUCAUCCUGCCAGAUGAUGUGCGGGAGUUUAUUGAUAACCUCAACAGACCUCCAGGUUCCUCUUACUUUCGAUAUGCUGAAUCUUCCAUGAAAAAUAGCUUUGGCUUGAAGUACCUGCAUAAAUUCUUCAAUAUUCCAUUUUUACAGCUGCAGAGAGAGACAUUGCUACGGCAGCUAGAGACUAAUCAGCUAGACAUCGAUGCCACAUUGGAAGAGCUGUCAGUGCAGCAAGAGACUGAAGACCAAAACUACGAAAUUUUUCUGGAGAUGAUGGAAGCAAGAAGUCGAGGACAUGCGUCUCCAUUAACAGCCAAUGGACAGAGUCCCUCCUCUGGUUCUCAGUCACCUGUCGUGCCUCCCAGCACAACAUCCACAGGGAGCUCCAGCCCCAGCACACCUCAGCCAGCCCCUCAACAGCUUCUUGCAAAUUCUGCUACCUGCCCCUCCCUUCCACCUUCUGUGUCCCCUGUGCCCCCAUCCGAGGCACAAACCCAGGCAGCUUCUCCAGUUACUGUUGCCACUUCCCCAGCCCCACCCCAACCUCAGCCCCAGCGUCGAAGCAUCAUUUCAAGGCUUUUUGGAACCUCACCAGCUUCAGAGGCUUCCCCUUCACCUCCUGAGCCUGUCCACUCGGUAGAGGCACCAGCAAAAGUCCAGAGUGUUGAAGAUUUUGUUCCUGAAGACAGCCUGGAUAGGAGCUUCUUGGAAGAUACAAAUAUGAAGGAUGAGAAGAAAAUCAGAACAAAAGUUGAGCAUGAAAGUGACAGUGAUGGGGAAGUCACUGGGGGAAACCCCAUGGUAGCUGGUUUCCAAGAUGACCUGGACCUAGAAGACAAGCCAUCGUGCAAAUCUUCCUUGCCAGCAGGCCCCAUCCCAAGUAGAAACAUCACCCUGUCUAGUGAGGAUGAAGCUGAUGAGGUGUCAGAUUGCCCUCAACUCACUAGUCUGACCACCCAAGAGAAUUUGGAAUCUGAGGCAAAAUGGUCUUCCAGAAAUUCCUUGAAGCCACAAAGUGAAGCCACUUCCACCAAAGCCACUGACCCCAAACUUCAAGUUAGUUUACCCAUUCGUUCAGGACCUGAGAAGUGCAAUAACACUAAACCUACUCCUGAAGCCCUGCUUGGCACUGAAGCUCCAUCCCAGGCACCCAAAACAGUUUCUCAGAACAAGGAUUCCACUUCUAAAUUCAGAGAAGUGAAAGAUGAGAAACGAGAGUCCUCAGAAAGUGAUCCAGAAGGACCCAUUGCUGCUCAAAUGCUGUCCUUUGUCAUGGAUGAUCCUGAUUUUGAGAGUGAAGAGUCUGACACUCAAAAGAAAGUGGAAGAGUUUCCAGUGAGAGAGGACCUCUCAGAUGUUACAGAUGAAGACAUGCCCCCUGCAAAGCUCCCUCAACCCAUUAAGCCUACAAUUCACUCCUUUAAAAUGAAAAACGACUCAGAUCUCUUUGGUUUGGGUCUGGAAGAGACUGGGCCUAAAGAAAGCAGUGAUGAAGAUAAGGAAAGCAAACUCCCCUCUAAGGAGAAGAAGAAAAAGAAGAAGAAAAGCAAAGAGGAGGAGGAAAAGGCUGUAAAAAAGAAAAGCAAGCACAGAAAAGCCAAGGACAAGGAAGAAGGAAAGGAUGAGAAGAAGAGGAAGAAGAAGCGAAGCAAGAAGACUGAGGAGAUUGAUGAGCUGGAAGCCUUCCUUGGGGGUGGAGCCGUAGCCCCCAAACAACACGGGGGUGGAGACUAUGAGGAGCUCUAGGCCUGGGGUGCAUGGGAACCCGCAGACCUGUCAUUCAUCUCUGCUUCUGAGCCUUGGCAGGAUGGGGGCUGCCAGGUGGGACCUGGGCUGGGUCUACCAGAUGCCCCUCAGAGGCCAUGAAGGUAGGGGGAUGGGGAGUUCCUUAGGUGUCCUGGUAAAGACAUUCCAGUGUGAAAGGACCAGUACCCAGUUGGGUGGGGAACGGUCAGGUGUAGGCUUAGGUGAGGGGCUGGGGAGAACAGAGCCUAGUUCUGACCCACCCCUUUCUCCAAUAAGCCCAGUGCAAGGGAGAGAGGGGCACAGCUCCCCAUCAUCCCUGCUCAACCCUCCCAUUCAUUGCUAUUUACAGAACACUCCAAUUUUAAUUGCUGAAGAAAUAGCAGUAUCAGCCUAACCAGUUGUUCUCUUAACCUUGGGAGGAAUCAAAGAUUUCAGCUCUAUUUUUCAUAACUUUUUUUUUCCUUAAUGAAUAAUACUUUGGCCUUUGCCCCAUAGCAGUCAGUAUGAGAAAAGCUAAGACAGAAAUGGUAAGGGAAAUUUUGUUGAGCUGCCUGCCAUUCUGGAACAGGAGAGGCCCAGCACAAGUUUACUAAAUGUUCCAGCUGUACCUUUCCCCAUCCCCCAUAGCUCCAGUUAAAGGCUGAUGAUAGCUGCUCUAGAGUUUGAGGCAGGGGCACAGAAGAGAUAUGGGUCCAGGUGGGGAAAAGGGGAAUGGUGGUAGAAUGCAAGUGUCUUUUAUAUUAAUAAAUCAUUCAUCCACCUUGGCUGGGUUUGUGGCCCAGACUCCUUUGCCCUAUUGCCCCAGUAACCCUAUAGUACUUCUCAGGGACAUGACAAAAGCCUUUUGAGGCACUUGCAGGAAUCCCAACCUGUUUACAUGGGGGGGGGGGGGGGGGUGUUGGAGCAGAGGAGCUGUGGAAGCAGGGCUUCCAGAAGCAUUCCAGAUCUAGUUCUUGUCUCUUGGUGAUCCCUGUGUUUUGGCAUAUUUCAGGCCCCUGUCUCGACCUAUACCCAUGGUCUUCUCUUAAUGUUCCAUGUUCCCUCACCCUAGAGUAAAAGGGAAAGCCAUGACAUCCCUAGAUACCAUGACAUUAUGUUCUGGAACCAGCCCAUUCCAAAGUAUUGGUGAUAAGGGUAAGGGAUUCUCCACCCUUGCACAAUGCUCUAGAACCCCAGUCUAAGGUUCAGUGUUUCUCCUAGUACCCCAUUCUCACAAAACUUACAAAAGAAUUUAUCCUUUCCUAUUCCAAAGACCAGGAUCUGUUCUACUUGGCCAGAGGAAAUUAUGACUCACAGCUGCUUCUCUACAGCCCAGCCUUGCCCAUUUUCUUCCAGGCUCCAUUAUCUCCAGAGUGGCUGAUGUGUAAUGGACAAAGGAAUGGGGUCUUGGAUGGCAAUACUUCUUGGAAGGCAGUUUCUUUUUCCAAAUCUGAUCAUUCCCAGCCUCAGUUUUAGCCAGAAGGAGGGAAUUAUCAUCAGCAUUUGGGCUCAGAGAGGAAAUACCACAGGGAAGCAGGGGUGUAAAAUACUUGUGUUUUUUAAAGGUUUGUUCCCAUCACGUUCUAUUGGAUGCUCCACUCUGACCAUAAAGCGCUCUUUUACUGCUG